AUGAGGGAUAAAUCCAUGAUACAUCCGGUUGAGAAGUUCCACCCAGGUCGAGUGAAACAAGUGUUAGAUGUGUGCCAGCUUAUCAACAACCAGGGGAUCACCCCAAAGAAAUUUAUGCAAUGUUACUUCUUGUCUGACAAACUGGCGUCCAAACGGAGGAUUUGGGGGACUGAAGGUGGUUGGCCUUCCUCUCGUAAUGUGAUUUUGAGCAUUCGCAAAACCAUUUGCCAACAAUCCGGAGGCGAUCAGAUGUGGAAUGAUUUCAUCCUCGAUGAAGCUAAACGCAUCGUUCAGUCUCAGGAGUUACCCAGAGGCUACGCACCCAAUGGCGGUUACUACAGCUCUGGGAAAAUUACGGAGGACUUUUUUUCAGAAGAAAAUAUUGCUAUUCGGGAAUCAUCUCUGGAAUCAUCAAUGCCCUUUCUAUACAAACUCAUCAAUGCUAAAAUCAUGUCGAGUAUAGAGACAUCGGACAACAACAAUAUCGCCGAAGGCUUAUCAGCUGAGCCUCAUGUGGAUGGUCUUCCACAUGAUGAAGAAAGUGAUCUGCCCGACUCAGACGGUAUUGCGUUUUCAAAGCCAAAAUCCCAUAGGGAUAUGAAAGUCUUACAGUCCACAGCCGUUCCUAAGAUGAUAUGUGCUAUGGUCUCUUAUGUGUGUAACCGAAGAUCAAACGGAAUGCAAAUCCAUAACGGGAUGACUUUCUUAGCUUGCGGUGCCUCAGAGCGUCUAAAUGAAUUCUUAACAUUUCAUGGCCUAUCAGUUUCUCGUCAAACCGCAUUAAGAGUGACCGAUACCCUUUGA